AUGCAUCGACACCCAGAUCCUAUGUUCUUUGUAGCUUUUCUCGGCAUAAUCUGCGGUGUGCUUGGAAGCGCCACCAACGGGGAAUACCUGACAGGCGUGGGGAGCUUUGACAUGACUGGUCCUGCCGCCGGCGUGAACAUGAUGGGCUAUGCUAACAUUUUCCAGAACACUGCCGGCGUCCAUUUUAGGCUAAGAACUAGGACUUUUAUAGUUGCAGAGAGUCCCCAAGGUCCAAGGUUUGCUUUUGUAAAUCUUGAUGCGGGCAUGGCUUCGCAGCUUGUCACUACAAAAGUGCUGGAGAGGCUAAAAUCAAGGUUCGGAAAUUUGUACACACAGGAAAAUGUGGCAAUUAGUGGCAUCCAUACUCAUGCUGGGCCAGGAGGCUACUUGCAGUAUUUGCUUUAUUCUAUCACUUCUGCAGGUUUCGUGCAACAAUCGUUUGAUGCCAUUGUUGGAGCAAUCGAGCAGAGCAUUGUUCAGGCACACAAUAAUCUCAAGCCCGGUUCGGUUUUCAUCAACAAAGGAGAAGUGGAAAAUGCGGGAAUAAACAGGAGCCCAAGUGCUUAUUUGUUUAACCCGGCAGAGGAGAGAGACCGGUAUCCAAACAACGUGGAUACCCAAAUGACGCUUUUGAAGUUGCUUGAUAGAGGAAGCGGGAAGAGCAUUGGAGCAUUCAGCUGGUACGCAACGCACGGAACCUCCAUGAGCAGAGACAACAAGCUCAUCAGUGGGGACAACAAGGGUGCGGCUGCCAGGUUCUUCGAGGACUGGUUCUCUUUCAAUAAAUCUUCCUCCACACCAAUCUCCAGCCCCGCCGAGAUUGAAACACUGGUGGAGAAAGCGCAAACAAUCAAAGCAACAGGAGGACAACCUUGCGGUAAAACAACCAGCCAAGCUUUUAAAGUGAGGAAGAACGACGGGUCAUUGUUCGUAGGAGCAUUCUGCCAAUCAAAUGUGGGAGACGUGACCCCCAAUGUGCUAGGAGCAUUUUGCACUGAUAGCGGAAAGCCUUGCGACUUCAAUCGCUCCUCCUGCCAUGGCAAUGACCUCCUCUGCGUUGGCCGUGGACCUGGAUACCCAGAUGAAAUACAGAGCACAAAGAUUAUAGGAGAGAGGCAGUUCCAAAAGGCUGUUGAUCUAUUUGCGACUGCCACAGAGGAAUUGACAGGGAAGAUUGACUAUCGCCAUGUUUAUUUGAAUUUUACAAACAUUGAUGUUGAAUUAGAUGGAAGCAAGGUUGUCAAAACAUGCCCUGCAGCCGUUGGUCCAGGUUUUGCUGCUGGAACCACAGAUGGUCCCGGUGUCUUCGGUUUUCAACAAGGUGAUACAGAGAUCAGCGAAAUGUGGAAAAAGUUGAGAAAUGCACUGAAAGAACCGAGCCCAUAUCAAGUGGAGUGCCAAAAACCGAAGACUGUUUUGCUUGACGCAGGCGAAAUGUUUGAUCCAUAUGCAUGGGCGCCUGCGAUUCUUCCAAUUCAGAUGCUAAGGCUGGGAAAGCUGAUCAUACUUUCUGUACCAGGAGAGUUCACAACAAUGGCGGGGCGGCGACUGAGGGAGGCAGUUAAGGAGACGCUGAUAAGUAACGGGAAUGGAGAGUUUGAUGACAAAACCGAAGUUGUAAUAGCGGGUCUCACAAAUACCUACUCGCAAUAUGUUGCAACUUUUGAAGAAUACGAGCAACAACGAUACGAGGCUGCCUCAACGCUCUACGGUCCACACACGCUAUCAGCCUACAUCCAAGAGUUCAAUAAAUUAGCUAAAGCCAUGGCAAAAGGAGAGAAGUUAAUUUCCAACGGCCCCACGCCGCCGGACCUUUCCUCUGUUCAACUCAAAUUCUUACUCGAACCUGUGGGUGACUCACCUCCUCCCGGAAAAAACUUCGGCGACAUGAAACAAGACAUCAUUAUACCAAAAAGUGGCACAUUCAGAAAGGGAGACAAACCAAGUGCCACAUUUUGGAGUGCAAACCCAAGAUAUGACCUAUUGACAGAAGGUACAUUUGCAGUGGUGGAGAUGCUUCAGGUGGAGCGUUGGAUCCCAGUUUUUGAUGAUGAUGAUUUUUGUUUGUACUUUAAAUGGAGCGUAGAUAAUAGCAGCUUUUAUGGCUUGGCGACCAUUGAGUGGGAAAUACCAGAGGUGGUAAGUUCUGGGGUGUACAGGCUAAGGCAUUUUGGUUCGGCAAAGAAAACAAAGGCCUCUCCCAACACAUACUUCACUGGGGCAUCUACUGCAUUUACAGUAUCAUAGAGAUU